AUGCGCGAACGGUUUAAUCGAGCCUGCAUUGAAGAUCUGAUGAUGCAAGCUAGGAAGAUCAAGUACGACACCAUCGGACUGACCGAGAAGAGGUGUCAUCACUCGCUGCAGGCUGCACUUGAGAUUGGAAAAGAACUGCUCCUUGGAACCAAGAAGGCCUCAGUUCCUUCAGGAUCAUCGUCGGUGAAUUCAACGCUGAAUUUGGCACAAAAGAAUUCCUGAAGAGCUUCAUAUUGGAACUCGCGGGACGGACUGGAAUGAACAAAGUUAAAGACUGUCCGGGCAAUAACCAGCUAA